UUUUACUGUAGGUAGGUAUUAUUCUUUGAUACAGACAUAUUUACAACAGUGUACAGUGGUAGGAAGUAGAACGCAGUGCAAUUCAUUACGAUAGGUAAGUAUACUCCAAAGUAAUACAGUUCUACUUAUUAAAUCUAAUGUAUUAAAAAUGGAAACCGAAACAAUUAUUGAAACAAUCAAAGAUAAUAUUAAAAUAGUAAGGUUGAAUAAACCUCGCAGAAAAAAUGCAAUAGAUUAUCAAAUGUAUGUCCGAUUAACUAAAAUACUCAAUGAUGCUUCCACCGAUAGCAGUAUUUCGAUGGUUGUGUUAACUGGAACUGGCAAUUUCUAUAGCAGUGGAAACGAUCUGGUAGCACCUAAAGAUGCGGAUUUUUUGGUUAUUUUAGAAGAAUUCAUAAAAGCAUUCAUAAUUUUUCCCAAACUGUUGAUAGCACUUGUAAAUGGUCCAGCUGUAGGAGUAGCAGUGACAACACUACCGUUUUGUGAUUUCGUUUUUGCUUCUGAAAAUGCUUACUUCUAUACACCAUUUACAAAAUUAAAUAUAAUUGCUGAAGGAUGUUCUACAUUUACAUUCCCAAGAUUAAUUGGCGCGAGAAAGGCUAUGGAAUUACUACUACUUAACUAUAAAAUGCCAGCCAGCGAAGCAUUGCAAUGCGGUUUAAUUAGUUAUCUUUACAAAGCAGAAGAGUUACAGGAUAAAGCAUGGGAGAAGAUAAAAGAAAUUUCGUGUUUACCAGAAAACUCUGUGUUAACAACCAAAAAUUUAAUGAAAAGAACCUACUUGGAAGAUUUAUUGAAAACAAAUACCAUUGAGAUGAAAGAAUUGAGGAAAAUUGCCAACAAUGGAAGUAAACUAUGAAGAAGUUUUUGAUAACAAAGUUUCACACUGGAUUUAAAUGUUCAGUUAUCUCUAAUUCUAAUUAAUUUUCUUAAUAUUACGGUUGCAUUUCACGAUUCAGGUGAGGAAGAUAUGGGCGAAGGGCGUUCGUUAAUAUUUUUAUAUUUUAUACUUUGUAUAAGACAAAGUUAAAAAUAAAUGUUUCUUUGUUUUAA